UGUCAAAUGGCUGCAAUCAUUAAUACCCUUACACAUCCAACGAAACGAGCUGAAUUCGAGAGAACCCUUUGCAAAACAAUUUUGCUUUUUUUAAUCCGAAGAAUAAAUUACCGAUUCACCAAUGAUCGAGCUCCUCCAAAAAAAUCCUGCUGGUGAAUGUGAAGCCGGUUGGCUUAAUAACAAGUGACAUUUCGGGUAGGAGAAAGGGCAUGACUUCAUUUGGGUUGUCUCUUCCUCCUUUGGCGCAGGCACCUCUGUAUAAAGUUUGAUAAUCAAUGAAUGCUGAUUGCUGUAGUUUGCUGCUGGGAGGUGCGGAAAGAAGGAGAGCGCGAGCGCGCACGCCACACGGCCCUCACCAGAAGCUCAGCGGCUCGAGCUGAGCCCAGCUACGGUUACCAGGCGACCUGCGUCAGUCGGCACGAAAGCCGCGUCGGUGUCAGCUCGAGCUCGAGCCCGAGCCUAGACCAAGGCCCCGCCCCAACUCCCAACCCCGCGGCCGGCUCCCUCCCCUCAACCCGCCCCCCAAAGAGGGAGUUUUACUGCGAGUUUCACAGAGCACACCGAGACUGCGGGAGACCGGCGGGUCCGAGUGAGGGUUAAACAGGUUGUUGGGCACACGGGGAGAGAGAGUGAGAGUUAGCGGGGGGGAGAUACAGACAGACGGACAGAGAGAGUGAGUGAAGGGACAAACCGGUUACUGGGGAUCGAGAAAGAGAGAGAGAGAGAGAGACCGGGAGAGGGAGGGGCGGGAGGGGGUUUAAACCGGCUCCCGGGCCAGUGAGACGCCGAGAGAUGACGGAGCCCAGGAGGAGAAAAGCAGAGAAGGAGCCAGAGAACCCGAGCGACAAGGUUGCCAUGUAUACCUUCAGGGUUUGCUGACUUUUCUUUUUAAAUUUUGAAAUUGGGAAGAAGACUUGUACGACUUCAUCCCCUGUGUGUGCGGCGGUGUGGUGAACCUAUUUGCAGGACGUUGAUGUUGAUAAAGCAGGGCUGGAAGUUGAUGGUGAACCUGAUUUGAAACCUGAUUCAGAUAUUCCUGAUGUUCCACCCUCAAAUGACAGCACUCCUGAAGUAUUCAAUAAGGCCCUAUCAGGAUUAUCUUCAAGAUGGAAGAAUUGGUGGAUUCGUGGGAUCUUGUCACUCGCUAUGAUUUCAUUUUUCUUCCUAAUCAUCUACCUAGGACCUGUAGUACUCAUGCUUGUGGUUCUAUAUGUUCAAAUCAAGUGUUUUCAUGAGAUCAUCACUAUUGGUUACAGAGUUUAUCAUUCUUAUGAACUACCUUGGUUCAGAACAUUGAGCUGGUACAUUCUUCUCUGUGUAAAUUAUUUCUUUUACGGAGAAACAGUCGCUGAUUAUUUUGGUGGUCUGGUGCGAAGGGAAGUGCCACUUCAGUUCCUGGUCCGCUAUCAUCGCUUCAUCUCGUUUGCUAUGUACCUAGCAGGCUUCUGCAUGUUUGUACUGAGUUUAGUGAAGAAACAUUACCGACUGCAGUUUUAUAUGUUUGGUUGGACUCACGUAACGCUGCUAAUUAUUGUUACUCAAUCUCAUCUGGUGAUCCAAAAUUUAUUUGAAGGCAUGAUCUGGUUUAUUGUUCCAAUCUCAAUUGUAAUUUGCAACGAUAUAAUGGCAUACCUAUUCGGUUUCUUCUUUGGACGGACUCCACUAAUUAAGUUAUCUCCAAAGAAGACCUGGGAAGGCUUCAUAGGUGGUUUCUUCGCAACUGUUGUGUUUGGAUUUCUGUUUGCUUAUGCAUUGUCAAGAUACAAUUACUUCGUAUGCCCGGUGGAAUUCAGCAGUGAAACCAACAGCUUUAUUGUUGACUGUGAUCCUUCAGUCUUGUUCCAUCUGCAGGAAUACGCACUUCCAUCUGUACUGCAGUCUAUUCUUGGAUGGGAAACUGUGCACCUAUACCCAUUUCAGAUACAUAGCAUCGCUCUUUCUACAUUUGCAUCUUUAAUUGGGCCAUUUGGAGGCUUUUUCGCCAGUGGAUUCAAACGAGCUUUCAAAAUCAAAGAUUUUGCUGACACUAUUCCAGGACAUGGUGGGAUUAUGGAUCGCUUUGAUUGUCAGUAUCUGAUGGCUACCUUUGUCCAUGUUUACAUUACGAGCUUUAUCAGAGGACCAAAUCCCAGCAAAGUCUUGCAGCAGUUGUUGGUACUUCAACCAGAACAGCAGUUACAUAUCUACAACAUUCUGAAAUCCCAUUUAAUAGAGAAAGGAGCACUUCAGCCAGCAAUAAAUGAACAGUAGUAUUUGGAUAUCUCUUGUUCUUCAUUAAAGUGCUGAAAACUGCAUGCUUCUAAGUCAGGAGUCAUUUGGAAUUUCUAAAAUACAAAAUUUUUAAGGUGGUUUCUCCUAGUCACAAUGUCAAACACUUCAGUGACUGCAACUUGCUUAUACUUUGUAAUGCUUUACACCGUGAAUAGAAAUACAAGAACAGAGUCAAAUGAUCAAGUUAGUUUGAAACAUACCCAGUAAUAUAAUUUGUCAAGAAUCCUGCAAUUAAUUUUAAAAUCUCAGAUCCAAACUAAAAUCUUCAAUGUUAAGAUUUAUGGUCCUUUCAGUUUAAUAGUUGGGGUUAAACUUGAACUUAUUGUGCAAGGAUUGAUACUAAUUUCUGUAUUAGUACUGUAGUAAUAUCAAGAUUACCUUUGUUUUCACUUGUUUUGAGCAUGAUCUCUAAUGAAAAUAUUGUAGAUAUGCAGGAGUCUGAUAAUGUAACUUUAUCAGAAUUUAUAUUGUAACAAUGCUAUUAAUAUUGGGUAAUUUUAGUGUGUAGUUUUAAUGGCUGUAAAGUAGAAUACUGGUCAACCCUUUAGUCAAUUCUGCACAAUGAGAGAAAACUUACCUGAAGUAAGUGAUUUAGAAUGACACUUAUGAUACAGUUUUUAUUUUUAAAAAUUGUGCUUGAGCUUUUGCAACAAAGUGGGCUGAUUAAAGCCAAUGAUCCAUGAGGAUUAACCUCACGGCAGAUGGCACAGCCCUGGGUGUAUAUAGUCUUUAAGUAAAUAUAUAUGAGAGAGAGAUACAAGAACUAUUUGUAAUCAUUUAUGAACUUGAAUGUAUUUAAAUAGAAGAACAAUUUAAGUUUGAAUUGUGCUGUAAAGCUGAGGGGAUUUUAUGUUUUAUAUAGCAUGUAUAAAUUUGCCACCUAUAGAUACAGGUAAUAUUUGCAAGGUGAAACUGGAAUGCACAAAAUAAGGAAUGAUUCCUUGAGCCACCAUUUCUUGGGAAAAACAUUUAUAAGGCUUAUUGCUGCAAGGACGGCUACAGCAUUAUAGAUCACUUUGAUUUUCUGACCUGCACCUUCUCAUUCCUAGCAUGAAACCAUGGAUCAACAUGUAGUAAACUACUGAAGUAGUGUGCCUUUAGGAGGCCAAGCAUUUUUUUUGUUGAUUCCACUUAAAUAUAUUGUAGAAUAGUCUGUGAACUGUUUAUCCGGACCAUGAUUGAAUGUUUUAGUUUACAAUACUCCAGCAAGAUAGUACACCUUUCAGUGAUCUGCGUGAGUUGCAUUCUAAACUAUUCAUUUAAUUUUUACUGCAUAAUGCAUCUUGGUUAAAUCAUCAAUAACACUGUUUGAAUUAUGAAGGAAACUCUGGUGGUUCAGUUGUUUGUGGAAGUUCCCUUUUAGAGUUUUAUUAUCAUUGUAGAAUUUCUCAAUUGUUUAUUUCUUUGUGAUGUAUGUUUUCAUUUAUGCAGGUUUUAAAUCUGAAAUGCACAAGAAUAAGGUGAUGUACUGCUGCAAAAAGAACAAUAAAUUGCUGUCGUUCAGAAGGCAUUUAGCUGGAACCUUAUGAUAUACUUGUGAUAAGGCUCAAUUGCGCUAUUGCAAAUUGUACAUUUUUUUAGAUAUUGAUUUUAAUGUAGUGAAUAUUAUUAAUGUACAAGUAGCACAUUGUAAUUGUCUAUAAUUUUCCAAAUAUCUUUUCAAAUUUUAAGUCUUUAAAUCAAGUUUAAGAGACUGCUUUAGGAAGGCGGCGAGCAUUUAUACUAGGAUGUUUUGCUGACAGAAGUUAUCUUUUUCAGAAGAAAGCCGAGUCAACCCCUUUGACCUCUUUCUGUCAAUGUCUGCAAUCACCCUGGUUUACUAACCUGAAUUUGCAUGUCUGACAAAGAUCUAGCAUCAACAAGGAAAGAGAUUCAGAUUCUCACUAUGCAUUGUUUGAAGAAAUGUUUUCGUACCUUGAUGGCUUAGCUUCAAUUUUAGGAUUAUCCAAAAUUAUUCUGAACUAGCCCACCAGAUUCAAGAGUUUCUACCGUAUCAAUUCCUUUGAUCACUGUAAUUAAUGCACCCCCUUCAGCUUAUGUCAUUCAAGAGAAAUCUAGCAUGAAACAUCUAAGAAGCUAAAUACUGCACUUGCCAGAAGUCAAAGUUCUGUACCAAGAAAUAGUUGAAGUUUCUGGGAUGACAGCUUCCUUCAGCAUAGGCAUUUUGCAGUGUUAGUGAACUGAAGAACUUUUCACUGGUUUUUUAAAAAAAAUCUAAACUCUAAUGCUUUGUGGCUGGAUUAUGUUCCCACAUUAGUUUGUAUCACACUUGGUUAAAAUAAACAGUUUCUAUUAAAA